AUGCGUGUUUUCAAAUUUGUUAGCCUUGUACUAGUUUUGCCUUUUUUCAAGGCAAAGCAGGGCUGUGCAGAUGUGACCCUUGAAGGGGAGUUCGAGUCUAAACUUGGUUACAAUGACGAGCAAAUCGUUUAUAGUAAAAAACACUUUAAAGGAAGCAUUUAUGCGUUUGUGCCUGUUAAGGGAAAGUGUGCAAUAAACGUUCAGGCAAGCACGGAUGGAGUGGAGUGGGAAAAUAAUAGUAACAUUGAAGUGCAGGAUGGGGUUGCCGGGGCAACUAUUUUUUCUGUGUUUACAACAGAUGAUGCGGUUAUCGUGAUUUUUAGAUGUUCUAACAUGUACUACAUUGCAAAGAGGGGGGAAGAAAAUUUUUGGAAAAAUAUAAAACAAGUAUCUUUUUCUGAUUUCCCUGUGGAUGCAAUUCCGGCGGUGUACUCCGGGUCUUACUUACUUAUGAACAGCGAAUAUGAGAAGUUCAUUUUGGUAUGCGCGAGGGAGGACCCAAAUGGGAGCUACAGUGACAGUGAAAGUGAGGUGAAGGCGGUCCCCUUUUCAGAACUACAACUGUUGGGUAGGUGCAAAUUUUCGUUCGACGGGGGGGACACAUGGAGGGAGGGUGUAACUAGGAUAUACAGCGAUGAGUUGAACAGUGAUGAAUUAAGCAGUGAUGACGCAUUGGAGAAUGUUAAAGAGGUGAAUAUCCCAGCGGAGGUAGAAGUAAAAUUGGAGGUCCAAGCCACCACGGAGGAAUCCCAACAAGGAGCGUCCCCCGGUAAUGGUAUCCACAUAAGUCUAACCCAAAUGGGAGGAAAGCUAGCCAUAAAAGCUGUAAAUAUUAAAAACGAUAUAGAAUCCACCAAGACAGUGAUACUCCUAUGCAACAGUCUGUACAAAAACGACCUCUACUGUGAUAAGGUGAAGUUACAAAUUAACGAGGAGUAUGUUUUACACACAUACGAAAUGGUGAAUGGUUACCAUAUGGCCGUUUUGCGUGAAAAAAAUGGGACCCACAUUGUACCUUCAUUUGUUUACAACUUGGGCGAAACGUUUGAGCCGAUUCUUCAUUACAAGAUUGGGAAGCAUAGGGAGGAUAAAAGUGAUGUAGGAGGAGGAAGCCCCUUGGACAGAACAACAUUCGAAUUUGUUCUGGCGAAGGGGGACAUGAUAUACCUAUUUAGUAACACACUAGGUGAAGAAACAAAAGUCAUAAAAAUAAACGCCCCAAAGAGGAAGGCAGGGUGUGAGGUACUCCCAGAUGAGGAAACCAACAAGAGGUACUCUCAUACUUUUUCAAUUCAGAACAUGCAAAAUGAUCGUAUUUGUAAAAUGGCCACAUCGGAGCUUGGAACGACGGACGAUGGUUUGUUCAAGAGUUUUUACGUAAGUUUGCCCAAAGGGGUGUCCCUAAAUAGUGACUGCUUUACAUUUUCGUUUAGUAAGGAGCUCAAGGGUGAGUACCACACGACUGUGGUGAAGAAGGCCAACCCUGAUGAUGCCACCGACGAGGGGGAAGUCCAGUUUUACUUCCCAUUGUACUACACCAAGUUCUUGUACAAUUAUAAAAAAACCUCCUGCACGUUAAGCAACGGCCUUAAGGUGGCUCUCGAGUUUGAUUACCUUAGAAACAUUUUAGACUUAAAUUAUUCCGACGAAAAUGAUGUCAUCAAAAUUAGUAGGAAUGACAUUGUCGUGCAUGCUAAGAGGAGGUACGUCCCAGAAAAAGGUGGAGAUAUAUUUCCCAGUGGAACUUACAUAAACGCUUAUCUCCCAUUUGAGAAAGAAUAUGUCAUUUCUAAUUUUGUCCCAAAGGGUGUAAAUCAGAUUAGCACUAUAACACUACCCCAUGGGGCAGUUAGAAAGUUGCAUUUUUUACAAGGGGGUGAAGUACUGCCAUAUGAUGGGAUCGACUUGUCGAAUGUCUCACCUAAUUAUAAAAAAUUGACAAAAUAUGAGCUGAACAGAAAAACGAUAGAUGUGAUCAUUUCCAAUUUCAAAAGUGAUGAGAAAAUUAUCGGAUUGGUUUGCCCCGUUAGUUCAGAGGAUGAGGGAUUGACCUGUUUCGAUAAGGUGUACCUACAGAAGGGGGUUCUCCAGAACGUUGAAUUUGUGUUUGGCAGUAAUGACAUUUUUGUGAUCCCUCAGAGGAGACUACUCCGGCCAGGUGGGAAGGAGGCCAUGGAGUCUCUGCUAUAUUUAAACAAACGCAACGUAGACAAACUGAAGAAGGAAAAACAUAUUAUACAUUUUUUCUGUGAAUGUAAAGGGAAUGAGGACACAGAAUCGGUGCAUGUAAAUUAUUACAUCUCUGCUCAUUACGAUGACGAGUUUGUUAAGGCGCAAGUGGGAAAACCGGGGGGAAGUGCCUUCAUUAAUGGGCACAUUAUGACCCAAAUGGGGGAAGCGGAAAAAGUGGGUACACUACACAAGGUGGACGAGACAGCCGACUCGACCAGCUCCGAUUCGGACCUUAGUCCGGAGGAGGGUGUUUUCAUGUUAGGGCAGAAUAUGCUUCUUAGCAUGCUCGGUGGUGGUAACUCAAAGGGGAAUACCCACGGUAAAAACGCUAAUCUAUUAUACACCGCCAUCUGCACCUUUUUGGUUAUUUUACUGUUGGCCUUUUUGCAUGUAGGGUGGUUAAGCAAGAAGGGGUCUUAG